CCAGUAUGAAAGGAAAAGUGGGACUGGAGCAGUGACGUUACACGCUGCUGGAGAGAAGGAGGGAGGACGAGAGGCGGCCGGACUCCAUUAAGCUCACAGCCUGCGGGGGGAAAGCUUUUUUUUUCGUGUAAGGGGGGGAAGAUACUUCACUUCUCCCGGGCGACUUCUUCGGGGUGGAAUUUCUUUGCGUUUCCAUCGUCCACGGAAGACGGUCUACAUGGUUUGAAGAAGGAGUGGACGCGGGGGGCGACUUGUUUUGUACCGUGUAGUCGACUCUUUUUUUUUUUUUUUUACUGUUUUCUUUUCCGUCUUUUGUGAAGGAUGGCGCUGGACGGGAUCCGGAUGCCCGAUGGUUGCUACGCCGACGGGACGUGGGAGCUGAAGAUGCACGUCACCGACCUCCACAGGGACGUGUCGCUGAGGGUGACUGGGGAAAUCCACAUCGGCGGAGUCAUGCUCAAGCUCGUGGAGAAACUAGACGUGAAGAAGGACUGGUCCGACCACGCGCUGUGGUGGGAGAAGAAGAAGACGUGGCUGUUGAAGACCCACUGGACGUUGGACAAGUACGGCAUCCAAGCCGACGCCAGGCUGCUUUUCACGCCGCAGCACAAGCUGCUGCGCCUGCAGCUGCCCAACAUGAAGCACAUGAAGGUCAAGGUCAACUUCUCGGACCGCGUCUUCAAGGCCGUCUCCGACAUCUGCAAGACCUUCAAUAUCCGCCACCCAGAGGAGCUGUCUCUGCUGCGUAAGCCCCGUGAUCCCAAGAAGAAGAAGAAAAAGUUGGAGGAGGCGGAGGAGGACGAUCUGGAGCUGCAGGGUCCGCUGUUGACCCCUGGAUCAGCCUCUGAGGUAAUUUACAUCGGUCCAGUCAAAGGGAGCAUUUACUCCAGUCCCGGCUUGUACAGUAAGACGAUGACCCCUACCUAUGACUCCAGAGAUGGAAGCCCCCUGUCACCCACCACUGCCUGGUUUGGGGACAGCCCACUCUCCGAGGGCAACCCCAGCAUCCUCGCCGUCAGCCAGCCAAUUUCCUCUCCGGACAUCUUGGUCAAACUCUACAAGCCCCAGUCCCUGCUGGACAAAGCCAAGAUCAACCAGGGGUGGUUGGACUCAUCCAGGUCUCUGAUGGAGCAGGAUGUAAAGGAGAAUGAGGUGCUGCUGCUGAGGUUUAAAUACCACAGUUUCUUUGACCUCAACCCUAAGUAUGAUGCCAUCCGAGUCAACCAGCUCUACGAACAGUCCAAGUGGGCCAUCCUGCUGGAAGAAAUUGAGUGCACGGAGGAGGAAAUGAUGAUGUUUGCCGCCCUGCAGUACCACAUCAACAAGCUCUCCAUCAUGUCUUCAGACAACCACAUGAACAACAGUGAGAAAGAGGUGGAUGAGGUGGACGCCGCCCUGUCAGACCUGGAAAUUACUUUGGAGGGAGGAAAGACGUCUAACUCACUGGGUGACAUCACGUCUAUUCCCGAGCUAGCGGAUUAUGUCAAAGUCUUUAAACCCAAGAAACUGACACUGAAGGGCUAUAAGCAGUACUGGUGCACAUUCAAGGAUAUCACAAUUUCCUGUUACAAGAGUAAAGAAGAGGCACAUGGGACACCAGCGCACCAAAUGAAUCUUAGAGGUUGUGAGGUAACUCCAGAUGUCAACAUCUCUGGGCAGAAAUUCAACAUCAAGUUGCUAAUCCCAGUGGCCGAUGGCAUGAAUGAGAUCUGGCUUCGGUGUGACAUGGAGAAGCAGUACGCCCACUGGAUGGCCGCGUGUCGCCUGGCCUCCAAAGGGAAGACCAUGGCCGACAGCUCGUACAACCUGGAGGUCCAGAACAUUCUGUCCUUCCUCAAGAUGCAGCACAUGAACCCUGACCCUCAGUUCAUUGAGCCAAUCACCACCGAUAUCAACCCAGAAUGCCUGGUGUCCCCGCGCUAUCUGAAGAAGUACAAAAACAAGCAGCCAGGCUCUAUCAGGGACAUGAUUUCAGCUCGGAUCCUUGAAGCCCACCAAAAUGUGGCUCAGAUGAGCCUCAUCGAGGCCAAGAUGCGCUUCAUCCAGGCGUGGCAGUCGCUGCCCGAGUUCGGAAUCACUCAUUUCCUCGCAAAGUUUCAGGGUGGAAAGCGGGACGAACUGAUUGGCAUCACUUACAACCGUCUGAUCCGGAUGGACGCGAGCACUGGAGAUGCAAUCAAGACCUGGCGCUUCAGCAACAUGAAACAGUGGAACGUCAACUGGGAGAUCAAGAUGGUGAAGGUGGAAUUCGCCGACGAGCCCUGCCUGUCUUUCAUCUGCGCCGAGGUGGACUGCAAAGUGGUCCACGAGUUCAUCGGCGGCUACAUCUUCCUGUCCACGCGGGCCAAGGACCAGAACGAGUCUCUGGAUGAGGAGAUGUUCUACAAGCUGACCAGCGGGUGGAUCUGAGCUGCCCAGAACCGCCAGGGGGGCGUUUGUAGGUCGGGCGCCAGGAGGGGAGGGGCUGGGGCACCGCGCGCGUGGCCUUUUAUUUUAUUCUCCGUCUUGUUUGAUUGUUGUGCCGAAGAGUCCAGAGCAGCGCUGUAAUCACAAUAGCUCGCAGCCUUUCCAUUGUUGACGCUGACCAGGUCCUUUUUUUUUUUUUUUUUUUUAUAACGCUGAUGUUCUGGUGAAUGCAGCAAAUCUUCACACGCACCUGAACCGGGGAAGUUCCUCUGUUCUCCUUCGUCCAUCUGCCUUCCUCUCCUCCUGGAAUUGAUGACCAUCAACUAACGUCCACGACACCCUCUUUUUAAAACCAAUCAAACACCACACGUAAUCCCAAAGAAUCCCCCCUGCCCUCCUUUUUGCUCUUUCUCUCACUUCUUUUCCCUCCUUCCUUCUUCUCUUCGGUGUCACUGAUACUUACAGCUAUAUUUAAUUAUUUAUCCUAAGAGACGGACUUGGUGGGAGAGUCUGAUCAUGAGGCCAUCUGUGAGGAGCAGAGGCUACUGAGCACUACGUGUCCAUCCUGUUCAAUCACAUGUAAGCACUUCUUCAGUAUACGGUCCUGUUAACAAAUAAGCUGUCGUUAAAUGUCUUUUUGCUUUGGGCGUGCGUUGUCUUUGCUUCAGAGCCAUUGUCGGGUCUGGUCGUUGUAUUGGCCGACAGGAGUUUUGUUUUGUAUUUAAUAGGCUGUUUAUUGUGAGCAUGUCUGGAAAAACACUACAGUGUCUUGUGGGUGAGAAAAUCUGUUCCAACUGAUUUGUAACAAACCAAAAAGAAAGUCAUCUUUAAUAAGUCAUCAGCUCAAGUGUUCAGCGUAUCUGAUGUUACUUGAAAACAAGUUUUUAAUCAAAACGUUUGGGGUUGGUAUGUUGAAGGAGGAUAACUAAUGAUCAUGUGUAUUUAAAUUAUCUCAGUUCCUUGUUAUCACAAAUGUUUGAAGACUGAACAUAGCUCGCUCUAUGACUCUAUGACUAGAUAACCUGCCGAGACGCAUUGACGAUUUACUCAACAUCUUUGUUCAUUGCUGCUGUUUUGAACGUGCCGAGAAGUUGCUAAAAUCGCAACAGAUUUUUUUUUUAAUAUAAACAAAAAAAAACGAUAAUUGCUAAGUACACUACGCAACAUAAAGAAUCCUCGUACAAUCUUUUAACUUUAUUCUUGUUUCCCACACCAUAUAGUAUUAUUAUAAUUAUAUCAUUACACACCAGCAAAAGGUCACAGUUUGAAGAAUGAAUAUGCAACGUUUUUUUGUCCUUCUGUCCUCAGUGUGAAGGAUCAGUAAAUGAAGUAUUAUUUUUUGUAACUAAUGUAAAAACACAAACGUUUUAUAGAAAUGUACAGUUUUUUUCUGCUUUUUGGGGUGUUAGGAAGUUUUUCCUUUCAGAAAAGAGGGGGGAAGCCAUCUGUCAACACGUGUAUUAUUCAGAAUUGUGCCUGCUUAUGUUGUGUCCUUACUGAGUAUUCCUAUGAAUAUAAGUAUGAAGAUAUAUGAAGAUAACACUACAGUCUCAAACUCCAGGUUUGUUUAAGAUAUCUGUCAAGUACAUAUUAUAAUUGUUUUUUAAAGAUACAAAUACUUCUUUAAAUGUGCUCUUUGUUUUUGCAUUUCCACUUUAUUUUGUUGGUUUUCUGCUUUCUCUUCUGUCCUGUGGCCCUAAGUUGUGUUUUUAUCCCAUCUUGAGUUCGCAUAAAACUGCAUUUAUUGUGGCAAAUUUGAUUUGCUUAGCGCCUUUUUUAAUAUACUCGUUUGUCUGGUUUUGUCACAACUAAAGUGUGCCAUUUAAUAAUGUCCAUAUGAAGGAGACCCACAUUGUUUGAGACGAAUCAGCAUAAGUGAGUAGAAAACCCAGCCUAGUCUGUUGUUUCUCUGAUGUUGCUUUUGUUUGCCUCCAGUGUCAGAAGCAGCGGUGCAUGUCCAGCUGCUCUGUUUUCUGACUGUAAAAAAAUGCAUUUAUUUUAAAAAAUAAAGUAAUUUUUAUUUAAAAA